GACGCCACGCGUAGAUAACAGGAAGUAAUUUGAAUUUACAGUGUUUGAAGUAAACACAACACGGAUAAAUGCUGCUCAUGUGCGCCACAAGUUUAAAAAAUGGGUGUGAAGGGUCUUCAACUCUUUAUGAGCCGCUGCUGUCCAGAAGCCUGUGUGACUGUGAACCUGAGAGAAAUGGCCAGACAACAUGUUACCAAAAGCCAGCAAGGCAGCACGACCACAGCUAACAGCCCCCCCACCCUCGUUGUGGAUGGUAUGGCCUGCCUCUGCCACUGGUACUCAUGUAAGGACUGGGUGUGUGGGGGCCAGUGGAGGGAAUACUUGGAUGUGUUAAAGAGCUGGGUAGAGGCCUUCACUUCAGCGGGCAUCAGACUGGUCUUCUUCUUUGAUGGGGUGGUGAAAGAGCAGAAGAGACAGGAGUGGGUGAAGAGGAGACGCAGAGUGAACGGGGAGGUUUCUAAAAUAUUCCGGCACAUAAAGGCAUACGGAGAGCAGCCUGGUAGAAAUCUCUUUUGUAUUCCUUCUGGUCUGGCGACAUUCACACCCUUUGCUCUCAGGUCACUGGGUCAGGAAGUGUUUUGCUCAGUGCAGGAGGCCGAUUAUGAGAUCGCCAGCUAUGCUCGUCAACAUGGCUGUAUGGGCAUUCUGGGACAGGACUCAGACUUCAUUAUAUAUGACAGUGCCCCCUACUUGUCUGUGGAAAAGCUGCGGAUUGACAGUCUCAACACUGUCCUGUACGACCGACAGAGGCUCUGCCGGACCAUUGGAUUGGCUGUUACCCAGCUACCUCUACUGGCCUGUCUCCUAGGUAAUGAUGUGGUGUCAGAGGAGCGAAUGCGGCACAUCAGGAACGAUGCCAUGGCAACAUACAGGAUAAACAACCCUGUACCACCCUUUGAUGCUCCUCAGGGACAGACGGUGCUAGCUGUAUCCCACCUUGUGAGCUCCUUGUGGGCCAGAAAGGAGGAAGAUCCAGAGUUCAUCCCUCAGACUCUGAAUCUGUCAGCUCCUCACAGAGAGCUACUGAAGAUGGGGAUUUGCUCCUACUUACUGCCUCAACAGGAAGCACUUCAGCAAUGUGACAACUCUACGUUAAUGUCUGCCCCAGCCUUUGAGAAACACGUUAGUCCUGAAAUAUUAAAGGCCUGUAGAGAGAAGCAUGUAGCAGCAGAGGGUUUCAUGGUUUACGGUGUUGUGUGCGAUGGAGUCAUUCAAUGUAGCAACACUCUGGAGGAUGAAGAAGAUGCUGAAUUACUGCCCCAGGCCCUCGUCUACAAACCGUGCAGACAACACAUCUAUGGGCUGCUGCUGCUGCACGGGCAGGAUGGCAGCAGUGUUGAUCUUCCAGCAAUCAGGGAAUGGUUUGUCUACCCUGGAAACCCUCUGAAGGAACCUGACAUGGUCCACCCUCUCCCAACCAGCCUCCCAUGUGAUCAGCCCAAUCUGGACUUGUUAUGGUUUGGCAAUGGUCCUGAAGUUGCUGCUCUUCGCUUGACGUACUUCCUUUCAAUUUUUGACUGCCAGGAGUUCUCAGAGCUGUAUGGAGCUAUUGACGACUCUCUGCUGGCUGCUCUCUGCCUGGUCACUUACAUAGCCCUCCAGGUACAGACUUUGUCUCAAGAGGACUUGGAUGCUUACCUCAGUCAAGCUGUGUGUCUGAGACUAAAAUCCCCCCUGGAGCUUCAACAGAUCAAGCUGCCUUUCGUCUCCAGUCGUGCGGUGCAGCUCGGAUCUCUCUACGUCCGAGGACUGAGCCACCUGCUGGGUGCUAACUCUGCCAGCGGCUGCCCGCUGCCCAGCACUGCUCUGAUGCCUUGGCACAGCUUCGAUGGACGGCUGUUCCACUCAAAGUACCUGCUGGCACAUAGCGGCACAGAGAAAACUGUGUUGCUGGACAGCGACUCCUCCAGUUUGUCUCUGUUUCUCUGCCUGAGAGAGAAACUUACUGAAACCUGCGGGAAGCGGGGCAGAGUCCUGCAGUCCAGACCCAUUGCACCAGAACAAAGGCAUAAAACCACACCAGGACCCAGCUACAGAGAAAGACACACAGGUCAGCCUCCAAGUAGUGGUGAGAACUGGAGAGAAAGAGGAGAGACAACAGGAGGCCAUCGACAUGGAGGAGAAUGGAGGGAGAGAGGGGAGGCAAGAGGAGGGCGAAGUGGAGAUGACAACAGAGAGAGACUGUGGGGGAGAGGAGGACACAGAGGUGAAUGGAUGAGAGGAGGCCAACAUUUUCACCAUCAUCCUCAUUCUUAUCCUAACUUCCACGAUGGAGGACCCCAGAACACGAGGGCCAGAGGUCGAUCGUACCACAACAGAGGGCGAUACCAGCUGGCCCCGAGAUGGUCACAGCCUCCUCCAUCAGGAACAUGACUCGACCCGGAACAGAGAGGAGAGAAGAGGAGGAUUAGAGGGGGGGAUUUGAGGAGUUAAGAGGAUGAGAAAGAUGUGAUGAAAAGUGUGAAGGAAUCAAAUUUCUCUGAACAAACUGAUUAGUGAAAUACCCGUAAGGAAUGUUUGUCUAAAGGAUGCAGUAGGUAGAGAAAUGGCUAUCAGGAGGAGGCAGAGUGAAGAGAUUAGGAAUACAUGAUUUUAUUUGCCAGUUUAACCUGAAUUUGUCUUUUUGUGCACAUUAAAACAACUCUGUAUACGUACUCUUAAAGUCAAUCAUCUUAAAGCGUCUCAUGGCAACUUAUGUGUCUUACUGUGACAGAAAAUGAACAGUGCGUGUGAGCACACGCCAAACAAACAGUAAUGAGCUACUUCAAACAUGCACUGAGAAGUGGAUUAAUGGUUAAUCCUCAAGCCUGUUUUUACCUCUUAUCUGUGACAAUAAAAGGGCAAAGAUCUUAAAA